AUGCGUUCAUCGAACGAAGACAAAAUACGCAAUACCGGCAAAGCUGGAGUAUUUUUGCGGAACAUAGAAAAGAAUAUCGACAGAAAGACUUUGUACGACAUUUGCUCUGCGUCUGGAGAUAUCGAAAACAUGAAUAUUGUCGAAGAUGAUAAAGGAAACUCCAAAGGAUACGGCUACAUUAUAUUUAAAAAUCAAAAUGAAGCCGAUAAUUGCGUACAGAGACUGGAUGGUAUCCUGUUAAACGGUAAAAACAUGACGGUCGAAAGAUUCGAUCAAUAUGCCAAGUUCCCCACGGUCUACGUAACUAAUUAUGGAAGCGAAUUGGAUGAAUUAUCUCUAGAAAAAAUGUUCGAAAAGUACGGCACAAUUAUCAGCGUUGACGUAAUAUCGGCUAAGAACGGAAAAGGCGUUGGAUUCGGAACGGUGUCUUUUCUUGAUCCUAAUUCUGCCGCGGGUGCAGCUCGAGCACUAAACAAAAAAAAGCUGAAUAAUGGCAUGCUAUUGCAGGUUAGCUGCAUCCAGCAGGCAGGGGAUCCGGAAAAAGAACUAGCAUUGCGUACCGCGAAUCUUAAGAUUAAAAGUUCCUCUAUUAAAGCAGAUUGUAACCUGUAUAUCAAGGAUAUGGACAGAUCUGUAGAUGAAAACUGGUUGCACCAAACGUUUUCGAGAUACGGGGACAUAACUUCCUUGAAAAUUAUAUCUAAGAAUUCCAAACGAUAUGGAUUUGUAUGUUUCUCCACGAUGGAAGCUGCAAGUGAAGCAGUUGCUGAGAUAAAUGGACGUAUGGUUGGAUUAAGACCCAUCCAUGUGGCUUUUGCUGAUGGUCGUAAAAACCCUCGUACACCGGCACACAUUCAGCUCGUGGACGCCGCUACGAGCAUGGAUGUACACACAACUGGAACUGCAAACAAGGUAGAAAUUGGACAAGCUGCAUCAUCUGCUCCUUAAUUGUU